AUGACUUUAAGGCCUUUUACUAAAGGUAUUGCCAUUGGAUCUUCUGGUGGUGGUUCGAGCUCAAAACCACCAAUUUCAAAAGAAGCCAAAGUUGGUAAAGGAAAAGAGAUUGAGCCUUCUGUAGAAGAAAAGAAGAAAGAUCAAGAAGCUGAAAUUGAAAUGCAGAGGCAAAUCAACAAUAUCAUUCGUCAAAGACAAAAUGAUCCUCCAAGUCUUGAGAAGGGUGAUCCAACAAAUCCUUUUUUCUAUGAGACAAUUAAAGACAUAGCUUUCAAUGGGAUCAUGCAUAAUUUUGAAAAUGUUCCCAAAAUGAGCUAUGAUACUGAAAGCACUGAUUUCAAUCGAUUUUAUUUUCCUAUCAAUUAG